AAGACUUGAAGAUCAGGAAGAUUAACAUGAAGGGUGUUCUUAUACUGUGUGCUUACUCCUGCUUCUUCCUGGCAGGAGUCGAUGCCAUCGGCAAGUACAAAGGAUUGGAAUUCCUGGAGCCAUGUUCGCGACAUGAUCCUGAGCUAGAGAGCUGCUUGGCCAAAUCCGCCAACGUCCUGACUGAGCAUUUUCGUCAUGGUCUGCCACAGUUGGGGUAUUCUGAGGUGGAGCCAAUAAUACUUGACGAAGUGCACAUUGCUCUUGGAGGAGGUCCCGACGGUUACAGAGCCCAAUUUAAGGACGUAGCUGCUAAGGGUGUCUCUGCCCUGAGAGUAACAGGUCUCAGGGCGCGUCUAUCCGACGAUGAAGUUCAGCUGCAGCUGGCCCUGAGCAUUCCGAGAAUCAGGGCAGCCGCUAAGUACAGAUCGAGUGGGACUCUCAUUCUGGUCCAGGCCAGUGGCGCUGGGGAUUACUGGGGAGAAUAUGAGGGUGUGAAGGCUAAGGUAUUCAUCCGGGCCAAACCAUUCUCUGCCCAUGGACGUCAGUACCUGAGACUUCAGCAACUCAAAAUGGACUUCAGCGUACAAAAUAUCAGGAUGGGCGUCGAGAAUGUUCAUGAUGGCAAUACGAUUCUACAAGCUGCCCUGAAUCUGUUCAUCAACAGCAACAGUCAGGAAUUAUUAAAGGAAAUGAAACCGGACCUGCGCAGAAAGUUGGUCCAGGUCAUGACAGCUUUCGUUGAGAAACUGUUUUCUCAGGUUCCGUAUGACGCUUGGAUUUCUGAUUAAAAGAAAGAAAACAUGUUGCCAAUGCGAAAAGAAAUUCGUGACAGUAAUUCUGUUCGCAUUCUGUAAGACGAAUGAAAGAUAGAUCUUGGAAAUCUACCGGAAGUCAAGGAAAAACUUUUUUUUUAAAUGAGAAAAAAAAUACCUGACAGCUCAAGAAAUCGGGAGAAUUUCUAAUUAUCCUUUGUCUUUCAAUCUUCCGGCUCUUCCGGAAGUUAUUUCUUAUCUAUGCAACUUCAGACUGCUUUUUCACUUCCUGACAGGAUUACAGUAGAUAUAAGCCCAUACUUGAAAAUGUUUCAUGAACUUCGUUUCCUGGAACAGAUUAACUUUUCAGUAACUUUCAGUACUGCCCCAUUCAUAUAAUAUUCUAAAAUCAUUUUGAUUGAAGAAAUACAAGUGACCAUCAUCCACUCAUAAAUUAAUGUGUAAUAAUGAUAAUGACGUUAACUCAUAUGACUAGCACACUGAUAAUUAUGAUAUUUAAGCGUUACAGGAAUCUCAUUUUAGUUUAGUACCUUAAGUCAGUCCCAUUGCAGUCUUACUGGGACAUCAUGCCCUUUGUACCUUAUUUUUAUACUUCAUUUUUUUUCGAUUCAUUCUUUCCUUUUUGUACGUGUGUAUUUAUUGAAUAAACUUAGGAUAGAAUGACGCAGCCACAUUUGUUUCGCAAAGCCCCAUCAUUUGGAAUGCCGUGUGUUCCUUGAAUGCGUGACAGUAAUAUUCAAUUCACGCCUAUACCUCCUGCAGCCUUGCUUCCUGAAAAUAUGACGGAACCAAGAUAUUACAAAACUACGUACGAUUCCACCAGAAAAAUUGUGUCUCUUGACGAGACAUAGAAAAUAAAAAAAAAAAGUAAAAAAAGAAA